AUGCGAGCCACUGCCCUCGCCUCCCGCGCCUCCCUGCGCAACGCCGCCUUGCGCAAUGGCGAGGCUCUGGCGUGCAGACGCACCUUUGCCUCCUACUCCCUCCCCAUCCUCCGCCAAGCCAAUGGCCAGAAUCAUCCGAGAAUAGGGCUGUCACAAUGCGGAGUACAGCAAUGGCCGGCGCAAAGACGAUGGCAGACCGGCGCGGCAGCAGCGGUGCAGGAGACGGCGGUCCACGACCCAUCAGCACUGUCACAAGAAGCCAUCGUGGAGAACCUGGACCCCCAGGAGGCGGCGCGACUGGACAAGGUGCGCAACAUCGGAAUUGCAGCGCACAUCGACUCUGGCAAGACGACUGCCACCGAGCGCGUGCUCUUCUACACCGGCCGGAUCAAGGACAUUCAUGAGGUGCGAGGGCGGGAUGCCGUGGGAGCCAAGAUGGACUCGAUGGACCUGGAGCGUGAGAAAGGCAUUACCAUCCAGUCUGCCGCCACCUUCUGCGACUGGAUCAAGAAGAACCCGGAUCCGGUGUCAGGCGAGAUGAAAGAGGAGAAGUACCACAUCAACUUGAUCGACACACCCGGCCAUAUCGACUUUACGAUUGAGGUGGAGAGGGCGCUGAGAGUGCUGGAUGGUGCUGUAUUAAUCUUGUGUGCCGUGAGUGGCGUACAGAGUCAAACAGUCACCGUGGACAGGCAGAUGCGGAGAUACAACGUCCCUCGCAUCAGCUUCGUGAACAAGAUGGACCGUGCUGGUGCCAACCCUUGGAAGGCUAUUGAUGGAAUCAACCAGAAGCUAAAGAUGGCGGCGGCAGCGGUACAGGUGCCCAUCGGAAUGGAAGACCAAUUCAAGGGCGUGGUAGACUUAAUACGGAUGAAGGCUGUCUACUCCGAGGGUGAGAAUGGCGAGGUGAUUAGAGAAGAUGAGGUGCCAGACGAUAUCAGGGAGUUUGCACAGGAGAAGAGGAGGAAGUUGAUUGAGACACUGGCGGAUGUGGAUGAGGACAUUGCCAACGCUUUCUUGGAUGAGCGGACACCGAGCCCUCUCGAGAUCAAGGCAGCGAUCAGACGAGCGACCAUCUCGUUGAAGUUCACGCCGGUGUUGAUGGGGUCAGCGCUGGCGGACAAGAGCGUACAACCCAUGCUUGAUGCAGUCUGCGACUUCCUACCAAAUCCAAGUGAGGUCGAGAACUUGGCGCUGGACCGAAAACGAGCAGAAGCACCUGUCAAGCUGGUAUCCUACAAUAGUUUGCCAUUCGUGGGGCUGGCUUUCAAGCUCGAAGAGAGCAACUUCGGCCAACUCACCUACAUUCGUGUCUACCAGGGCAAGCUCAAGAAAGGCGCCAACGUGACGAACGCACGAACCGGCAACAAGGUCAAGAUCCCACGCAUUGUCCGUAUGCACUCGAACGAGAUGGAAGAUGUUCAGGAGAUUGGAGCUGGUGAGAUCUGUGCCGUGUUUGGCGUCGACUGCGCUUCUGGCGACACUUUCGCUGAGGGCGGUCUGGGCUAUUCGAUGACCAGCAUGUUCGUCCCAGACCCGGUCAUCUCGCUGUCCAUCAAGCCGAAGCAGACGAAAGACACUCCAAACUUCAGCAAGGCUAUGUCUCGCUUCCAGCGUGAGGACCCUACUUUCCGUGUUCACGUCGACAACGAGAGCGGUGAGAGCAUUAUCUCUGGUAUGGGAGAGCUCCAUCUCAGCAUCUACGUUGAGCGUAUGAAGCGUGAGUACCAUGUCGAAGUCGUCACCGGCCAGCCUCAGGUUGCAUACAGAGAAACGAUGACCCAGCAUGUCCCCUUCGACCACCUUCUCAAGAAGCAGACUGGUGGUGCUGGUGACUAUGCCCGUGUCAUUGGCUAUAUGGAGCCUACCGGCCAGCUCGGCGACAAUGUCUUCGAGCAGCAAGUCAUCGGUGGCACGAUCAGCGAGAAGUACCUCUUCGCUUGCGACAAAGGGUUCCAGGCUUCUUGCAUCGAAGGGCCCAUGCUUGGGCACAAGGUUCUCGGCACUCGCAUGAUCAUCAACGACGGCGCAACCCACAUGACUGACUCCUCCGAACUGGCUUUCCGUACCGCGACGAUGCACGCUUUCCGACAAGCCUUCCGGCAAGGCCAGCCGCAGGUGCUUGAGCCACUCAUGAAGACGGUCAUCACCGCUCCCAACGAGUUCCAGGGCAACAUUGUCGGGUUGCUGAACAAGCGGAAUGCCACAAUCAAUGAUACAGAGAUCGGGCCGGAUGAGUUCGUGCUCACCGCAGACUGUUCGCUGAAUGCAAUGUUCGGCUUCAGCAGCCAGUUGCGGGCGGCGAGCCAAGGGAAGGGAGAGUUCACGAUGGAGUUCUCGCAUUAUGCGCCUGCGCCACCGCAGUUGCAGAAGGAGUUGGUGGCGAAGCAUGAGAAGGAGAGGAUGGAGAGGAAUAAGCGGUAG